UAGAAGAAGACGCUGCACGCUGAUUGGCUGCAGAGAGGGGCGUGCAGCUGUGACGCAGCAGCAGCAGCGGAGAGGAAGGAAAGAUGGCGGCGGUGACCAGAGGCUCCUUCACUGUGUUCAGGCUGCUGAGUCAGCAGUACCGUCGGCGCUGUUUCCGGCUGCAGACCUUCAGGUGUGUCAGAACUCUGCAGCCGCUCUCCUUCAGAUGGGACAGAAACCUCCAGACGUUGAGCAGCAGGACGCUCCACACCGCCACUGUGAGUCGGGGACCAAUCGUCCAGUUCAAACUGUCGGACAUUGGAGAGGGAAUCAUGGAGGUGACGGUGAAGGAAUGGUAUGUGAAGGAGGGGGACAAGGUGUCUCAGUUCGACAGUAUCUGUGAGGUUCAGAGCGACAAGGCGUCGGUCACCAUCACCAGCCGCUACGAUGGAGUCAUCAAGAAACUGUACUACGACGUGGACGCAACGGCGCUGGUGGGAAAACCGCUGGUGGACAUCGAGACAGAGUCCAGCUCAGAGGUGAUCCAGGAGGAGGACGUGGUGGAGACGCCCGCCAUGGCUCGAGAAGAGCACACGCACCAGGAGAUCAAAGGUCACAAGACUCAGGCCACGCCCGCCGUCAGACGCCUCGCCAUGGAGAACAACAUUAAGCUCAGUGAGGUGGUUGGAACAGGGAGAGAUGGAAGGAUCCUGAAGGAAGAUAUCCUGAACUUCCUGGCAAAGCAGACGGGAGCCAUCUUACCUCCGACCCUGUUCCAGGAGAUCCAGACUCCGGCCCCGACCCCGGCUGCUGUCGCCGCUGCUGCCCAACCCGCUAGCACUCCGGCAGCCAUUAAACCUCCACCCAUCACACCCAAACCAGUCUUCACUGGCAAGGACGUCACCGAGCCCCUCAAAGGUUUCCAUAAAGCGAUGGUGAAGACGAUGACGGCGGCUCUGAAGAUCCCUCACUUCGGUUACUGUGAUGAGGUCGACCUGAGUCGUCUGGUGGCUCUGAGAGCUGAACUCAGAUCCACCACUGAGGGUCGGGGGGUCAAACUGAGCUACAUGCCGUUCUUCAUUAAGGCCGCCUCCCUCGGUCUCCUUCACUUUCCGAUCCUCAACGCCUCGGUGGACGAAGGCUGCCAGAACAUCACCUACAAGGCAUCUCACAACAUCGGGCUGGCGAUGGACACCAGUCAGGGUCUGCUGGUUCCCAACGUGAAGAAUGUUCAGCUGCUCAGCGUGUUCGAGAUCGCUCAGGAGUUAAACCGUCUGCAGACGCUGGGAGCCGCCGGACAGUUGGGAACCAGCGAGCUCACUGGAGGAACCUUCACCCUGUCUAACAUCGGAUCAAUUGGAGGAACGUAUGCAAAGCCGGUCAUUCUUCCUCCUGAAGUCGCCAUCGGUGCUCUGGGAAAAAUCCAGAUUCUUCCUCGGUUUGACGCCGGCGGUCAGAUGGUCCGAGCUCACAUCAUGAACGUCAGCUGGUCUGCAGAUCACCGCAUCAUCGACGGAGCCACAAUGUGCCGCUUCUCCAACCUGUGGCGGGAGUACCUGGAGAACCCGGCCUGCAUGGUGCUGGACCUUAAAUAAACUGUUUCCCAUCAGCCCCGGUUGGGGGGGUGUGCUGCCCCAUCAGCCCCGGGGGGCUGCCACACUACUGCACCCCCACCACCUCCCACCGCUCCCUCUCGCUGUCCGAGGCCUUCCUGUUUGCUCGCCAUCAUUUCCUUGUUGCCUUUGAGCCAGAUGCCGUGAGGGGGAGGGGUCAGCCUGUCAAUCAUGUUUCCAUGACGACCGAUAACCCACACACACAGAGAGUGGAGGUCAGAGGUCAACGCUUCAUCUGAACUUAAGUUUGUUUUAGCUUCAUAAAAUCAGUAAGUGAUGAUUAAUCAUCGAUUAUUGAUUGAUUGGAAUUACUGUCUAAAUGUGACAGCAGCUCCUUCAAACUCAGAUACACUGAUUACUGUAAACGUCAUGUGACCAAAACAAUCAUUAAAAUCACUACAGAUCGAAUUUAUCAAACACCUCAGAGUGAAUGAAUUCACACUGUAUCUCUGACAUCAAUUCAUUAUAUUAAGUAUUAAUAUUUGUAUUAUUAUUAAUAUUAUUAUUGUUGUUGUUGUUAUUAUUCAGUCAGAGAAAACAUUCUUUAACAAAGUGUCACUAAUGUUGAUUGAUUCUCGUUAAACUAAUAACUCAUUAAUAAUCGGAGUAUCUGGUAGUAGACCUGCUGUGAUCUGAUCGAUUUCCUGGUUUGUAAAUGCGGUGCCAGUACAGGUGGGCGGGGUCAGUAUAUGUGGGCGGGGUCAGUAUAUGUGGGCGGGGUCAGUGCAGGUAAAGGAAGGUGAUGUGAUGAAAUGUUUUUAUUUAGUUUUUCUGCUCUGAGAUUUCUGAUAAAUUCAACUGUUUGUGGAAAUCGUGAUUGAUCUCUGAUCGGGUUUUGACGGCCGCCAGAAAUCAGAAACAACAAAAUAAUACGACAAAGAACUGCUGGUUUCCUCUGAACCUCCUUUCACCAACCAGAACCUGCUGCUGGUUGAGAGUCGGUUAGCGUCCGUCAUUACAGCGCUGUACUCCUAUCCAACGUUAGCUAUUAGCUGUUGGUCAGCUAACAUUAGUUUAUAGUCGACCUGCAGAAACAUGAACCAGAACUUUUCCAGAGGUUCAGUCUGGGUCAGCUGUUACACUGACUGAUGCUAACCUGCAUAUGUUGGAGAAUUAGCAUAAAUAAUCCCUAAUUUCUUACGUUAAUGUUUCCUUGAACAACGUGAGACAUCAGUAACUGUUUGUUCUGAUAAUGUUAGCUGACUAACAGCUAGCUAGCAAACCAGCUAGCGUAACCUAGCAUAACUAAAGCUAACGGUGGAGACGUAUACAGCGAAAUAAUGACAGACUCUACGGGGGCUCUAUAGCCUGUGGAAAACAAAACCAGUUCUCAAGUUCAACUCUCAACUUGUUGCAGACCAGAACUAGCAGCAGACCAGAACUAGCAGCAGACCAGAACUAGCAGCAGACCAGAACUAGCAGCAGACCAGAACUAGCAGUAGAUCAGAACUAGCAGCAGACCAGAACUAGCAGUAGACCAGAACUAGCAGCAGACCAGAACUAGCAGUAGACCAGAACUAGCAGCAGACCAGAACUAGCAGCAGACCAGAACUAGCAGUAGACCAGAACUAGCAGCAGACCAGAACUAGCAGCAGACCAGAACUAGCAGUAGACCAGAACUAGCAGCAGACCAGAACUAGCAGCAGGUUCUGAUUGGUGGAAAGGGGGUAAAAGUUGGUGUGUCACAUUCUACAGGUCGUUCUCUGUCGAUGAUCUUUGAUUAAACUGGUUCCACUAAAACCUGGUUCAAUAGAUAGAACCAAGGCUCCAAGAAGCAGAACUGGUUUGGUGAAGACAAUGUUGGUGCUGCACUGGAACCAGUUUGUGGCUGAGAGCUGGUGAAACAUAAAGAACUGGUUUGAGCUCCAGAACCAGUUCCAGACUACCUUGAUGGAAAACCCAUCAGAUUGAUUAUUGAUCUUCAGUCUUUCUGGAAGUGCAGAUCAAUCAGGGGUCCUGUCUGGAUCAGGACUGACCCGUCUCUACCUGAUCCCUAAUAUCCAACAGAUCCAGAUCUGUCCUCCGGACCAGGUCCUGCCCCCCUCAGCUGUGUAGUACCCUGCAGUCUGUAACCGACCCAGGAUCAGGUGUUACAAUAUGCUGUUUCACUCCUUUGACUUCCUCGCUGUCCUGGUGGCUGCUGGGUAAAGAGCACAUGGUGUCGGUUGUUACACAACGUUUGUUUGUUUGUUUGUUUGUUUGUUUGUGUUUAGCGUCAGAUUCAAUGUAAAGGUGUAAAAAUAGAAACUGUUGGUUUUGUAUUUCUGGGAGAUUCUGUUUGAAACUUUAAAUAAAGUUGAAGUGAAAAAAAAA